GCCCCAGCAGCACCACGAAGGCCGUGGCCACGGCUUUGUCCACGUCCAGGGCGGGCAGCACCGUGGGGGUCUCCAUGCAGGGACCUUCAGGUGGCUCUUUUGCAGCUCCGCAGGUCCCUCAGAGAUGGCAUCCGACGUUUCCUCGCUGGGUGCAGCCGUCGGCUCCGGGAAUUCCGGCUCGGGAGCCCAGGCUGGAGGAGCUCAGAGACCCAGCAAGAGACGGCCUGGGCUCGAUUUUGAUGACGAUGGAGAAGGGAACAGUAAAUUCCUCAGAUGUGACGAUGACCCGAUGCCAAACGAUAAGGAGAGAUUUGCCAGGUCUGAUGAUGAGCAGAGUUCAGCGGAUAAGGAGAGACUUGCCAGGGAGAACCACAGCGAGAUCGAGCGCAGGAGGAGGAACAAGAUGACCGCCUACAUCACGGAGCUGUCGGACAUGGUGCCCACGUGCAGCGCCCUGGCCCGCAAGCCGGACAAGCUGACCAUCCUGCGCAUGGCCGUGUCCCACAUGAAAUCCCUGCGUGGCACUGGCAACACCUCCACAGACGGCACCUACAAACCCUCCUUUCUCACCGACCAGGAACUCAAACACCUGAUCCUGGAGGCGGCCGACGGCUUCCUGUUCAUCGUGUCCUGCGAGACGGGGCGCGUGGUCUACGUGUCGGACUCGGUGACGCCGGUGCUGAACCAGCCGCAGUCGGAGUGGUUCGGCAGCACCUUGUACGAGCAGGUGCACCCCGACGACGUGGGCAAGCUGCGGGAGCAGCUCUCCACCUCCGAGAACGCCCUGACAGAGGGAACCAAGCCCUGGUGCCUUUCUACCAAGGAUGCUGCAGCUCCCCCCGAGAAUGCAUCUAAAGGUCGUAUCCUCGAUUUGAAGACGGGGACUGUGAAGAAGGAAGGGCAGCAGUCCAUGAGGAUGUGCAUGGGCUCCCGGAGAUCUUUCAUCUGCCGGAUGAGGUGCGGCAACAGCUCUGUGGAUCCGGUCGCCGUCAAUCGUCUCAGCUUCAUGAGGAAUCGCUGCAGGAAUGGUUUAGGUGCAGCCAAGGAUGGAGAACCUCACUACGUCGUCGUGCACUGCACGGGCUACAUCAAGGCCUGGCCCCCGGCAGGUGUUUCCCUGCCUGACGAUGACCCCGACGCUGGCCAGGGCAGCAAAUUCUGCCUCGUGGCCAUUGGCAGGCUCCAGGUGACCAGCUCCCCCAACUGCACAGACAUGAACAACGUCUGCCAGCCCACAGAAUUCAUCUCCCGACACAACACCGAAGGAAUUUUCACCUUCAUCGACCACCGGUGCGUGGCCACCGUGGGUUACCAGCCCCAGGAACUUUUGGGGAAGGACAUUGUGGAUUUCUGCCAUCCAGAAGACCAGCAGCUUUUACGGGACAGUUUCCAGCAGGGCCCAGCCCAGUGCUGCAGAACCCGCAGUGGAGGUGGUUUUCUUGCCCUGUUGUCGUUACUGUUAUUUCUGAGGGCCUUGGACUUGGUGGCAGGGCAGGUGGUGAAGUUAAAAGGCCAGGUUCUGUCAGUCAUGUUCCGUUUCCGAUCCAAGAACCGGGAAUGGCUGUGGAUGAGAACCAGCUCGUUCACCUUCCAGAACCCCUACUCAGAUGAGAUCGAGUACAUCAUCUGCACCAACACCAACGUCAAGAACUCGAGCCAGGAGUCCCGGCCUGCCCUGGCAAACUCCAUGCCAAGGCCUCAGCUGGGGCAGAGCAUCAACCUUCCCCUGGACAUGGGCACAGCCCCACUGCCCUCAAGGCAGCAGCAGCAGCCACCGCAGGCAGAGCUGGAAGUGGGCCCAGCAAGGGAGAGCUUGGCUGGGUACGAGCACUCUCAGGUGCCCGUGCAGCCCGUGAGCGCCGCCGGCCCCGAGCACAGCAAGCCCCUGGAGAAAGCCGAGAGCCUCUUCAGCCAGGAGCGGGACCCACGCUUCGGGGAGAUCUUCCCUGGCAUCAGCACAGAUCAGAACAAAGCCAUCCCUGCCAGCACCAUGCCGGCCAACCCGCCCCUCUUCGCCCAGGGAAACACCUUCACUGCUGCACGGCCUGCUGAGAACUUCAGGAGCAGCAGCAUGGUGCCUCCAGUGAACAUCAUCCAGCAGCAGCCCUCUCCCUCCGGCCGGAUCUUACCCCAGAUCUCCCGCCACUCCACCCCAGCUCAGGUCAGCGGGACCACCUGGGCUCCAGGGACACGGCCGGUGUUCACAGCCCAGCAAGUGGCGUCCCAGGCGGUGAAGACCCGGCCUCCUUCCUUCGGCAUGGGGACAUUCCAGGGCACGCCGUCCUCCUUCAGCUCCAUGGCAGCGCCGGGAUCGACGGCUUCUCCCACCACGGUGCCGUACCCGGCCCUGGCCAGCCGUGGCACAGGCUUCACAGCCACGGAGGCAGCGCAGACCCCGGCCCCGUUCCAGCCCCGCGCCGCCGACGCCGUGGGAAUGUGGCCGCAGUGGCAGGGGCAGCACCACGGCCCGGGAUCCGGCGAGCAGCACGUGCAGCAGCCCCAGCCCAGCCAGCCCGAGGUCUUCCCAGACAUGCUGACCAUGCUGGGGGACCAAGGGCCCAACUACAACAACGAAGAAUUCCCGGAGCUGAACAUAUUCCCUUCUUUUUCCGAAUAAAACGAGCCUUAGCGGAACCGACCUCAAGCUCCCUGCCGUAUCCACACCUAAAGGAAAACAGCCGAGUCUUUUUUUCUCAAGGAACUGUCUGAACACUUCCCAACCUUCUGGAAGCGGAGCUCCGAGGAGGGAUGGCCGUGGAGGAGGAGGUGGUUUGGACACCUCCUCCAUGUGGGAUUGUUCUGGAAGCUUCAGGGCUUUGAAGUCCCCGUGUUCCCAGAGCCGCUCCCAAGUGGAUUUCUUUGGGAGGGAUUCCUGUCUGGAUCACAGACAGCCCUUCCAAACUUUUCAAAGGUGGCUUUGACUGUUUUUAUUUCAUUCUCUGCCGUGACUUUUUCUACGGAACGCAAACUGUUGGAAUUUUUAAGUACUGGAAGAAACUCUUCCAGGCGUUAUCCCUGUAAACACAAUCCUGGAGGAUGCUUGAGUAAGAAUCCGUGUCCUGAGCCGGUGUUUUCCUCCUUUUUGGAGGGGUUUUGGCUGUUUUUGGAGGGUUGUUAACGGCGUCUCCAGUCCAGGGUGCUCGACGUGGAGAUUCCCGUGUUUGUUUGGAAUCUUCUCCCUCCUGUGAACUGUGCAAUGAAAUCAGUGUGACCCAUGACCCACCCCCCGUUACCCCGGGAUAAUUAACAAGCCAUAAAAAUAUUACCCAUGUAGCUUCCUUCUGGAUGAAUCCAUUUUCCAGCUGAUGGUUUCUUGUGCUGCCACAAAUCGGUUUUUUUGGGACAAAACCUGCUCCACACUGUCCAUGGAAUUUUAUCACACGUUAGGUGAGUUCCUUGUCCUCGUUUUGGAGCUGGAUGUAGGAGAAUCCCUGGAUUUCAGCAGGGAAUUGCUGAGGAACUGUGUGUUUUCACUACAUUUGCUCGCUCACCGUCUCCUUAAAGAAGAAUUCCUGCCGUGGGAUGAUCCCGUUGCCAAAUCACAAACUGUAAAGAGGAGAGCUGGAAAAGUUGGGAACAGAAUGAGGGUGUUUUUUAUAUAUAUAUAUAUAUCUAUCUAUAUAUAUAAAAUUUUUAAUUUUUAAACACUGAGUUGGAAUCUUCUGGCUUUUUCCAUGGAAAAAAAAAAACAAAACAAAACCAAAACCAAAAAACUUGUGGCCAACCCUGCUCUCCUCAGGGGCUGGAAGAACCGUUCGAUUCCCUCGUGACUUCGAUUCCAACAGGAAAAUCAAUUGCAGAGCCGGACUUGGAAGGAAAACCUGGCACAACGGCAGCUGGGGAAGAAUCCCGAGUUUUCCUGGAAGCCUGGUUUUGUUUUGAGUGGAAUGUGGGCGUUCCCCCCCUUUCCCUUGCAUGUUGGGGGGGCUCUGAGACCCCCAGGCUGGCUGGGAGUGUUCUCUGCGCUGGUUGAGGGCAAGAACGGGGAGAGCCCCUCCCUUUUCCACGAGCUGAUUCCAGAGCUGUCAUUCCUGAGUAAUAUCCACGUAGGAAGCUUUGAAACCUUUUGUGUCCCCAGCCCAGAGAGAUUCUUCUUGUAAGUGGAGCAGGAAGCUUUAUUUUUUUUUUUUUUCCUCCCCCUCUGGAAAAUUAAGACUUGAAGGUUUUGGUUUA